AUGUCUUCGAAUAGUAUUAAACUUCUAGCUGGUAACUCUCAUCCAGAGCUUGCAGAAAAGAUAUCUAGGAGACUUGGAGUGCCACUUUCCAAAGUUGGUGUGUAUCAUUACUCGAACAAAGAGACAUCUGUGACUAUUGGUGAAAGUAUACGUGAUGAAGAUGUGUAUAUCGUUCAGACUGGUACUGGUGAACAGGAGAUAAAUGAUUUCCUGAUGGAGUUGUUGAUUAUGGUUCAUGCGUGUCGUUCAGCUUCAGCGAGAAAGAUUACGGCCGUAAUUCCCAACUUUCCUUAUGCUAGACAAGAUAAAAAGGACAAAUCUCGAGCGACUAUUACUGCAAAGUUGGUUGCUAAGAUGUUGGAAACGGCGGGAUGUGACCAUGUGAUUACGAUGGAUCUACAUGCUUCCCAGAUUCAAGGAUUCUUUCAUAUUCCUGUUGAUAAUUUGUAUGCUGAACCUAACAUUUUAGACUAUAUUCGGAAGAAUAUUGGUGUUGAAAACACGAUGCUUGUGGCACCGGAUGCUGGUUCUGCGAAACGAACAUCCACACUUUCAGACAAACUUAACUUGAACUUUGCAUUGAUCCAUAAAGAGAGGCAGAAAGCUAAUGAGAUUUCUAGGAUGGUUUUAGUAGGAGACGUAACAGGCAAGUCAUGCAUUAUUGUAGAUGAUAUGGCUGAUACUUGUGGUACAUUAGUCAAGGCAACAGAUACUCUUAUCGCAAAUGGAGCGAAAGAAGUGAUCGCCAUAGUCACACAUGGUAUAUUUUCAGGUUCUGCUAGAGAAAAACUAAAGAGCGGUAAAUUUACCAAGAUUGUGACUACUAACACAGUUCCAGUAAACUUAGAUCUAGAUAUUUAUGACCAGAUCGACAUCAGUGCUAUGUUGGCUGAAGCGAUUAGACGGUUACACAACGGUGAGAGUGUCUCUUACUUAUUUAAUCACGUUGUCGUAUGA